AUGGCGGCCCCAAAGAGGCCCCGGGUGGUGCUGCUGGACAUUGAGGGCACCGUCUGCCCUAUCUCAUUCGUGAAGGACGUUCUUUUCCCUUAUGCCCUGCAAGCACUUCCAGAGACCUUGAAGACACAAUGGGACAGCCCGGCAUUCGCCCCGUACAGGAAUGCCUUUCCGCCGGAGCAUGCCGCCUCACCGGCGGCCCUAGAGGAGCACGUCCGGGACCUCAUGAGUCGCGAUGUCAAGAUCUCGUACCUAAAGAGUCUCCAGGGCUAUCUAUGGGAAUCGGGCUACAAGAACGGUGAGCUAAAGGCUCCCCUGUUUCCGGAUGUCGCGCCCAAGAUUGCCUCGUGGCGCAACGCCGAUGACGGCGGCGGCGUCCAAGUCAUGAUCUACUCAUCCGGAUCCGUGGCCGCGCAGAAGCUCCUGUUUAGGCACACAAACGGGGAGCCGGCCGAUUUGACGCCGGACAUAGCCGACUUCUUCGAUACGGUCAAUGCCGGCCCCAAAACCGAGACAUCGAGCUACCAGAAAAUUGCGUCCAAGCACGCGACCAUCCCCGCCAGUGAAUGGCUGUUCCUCAGUGACAAUGUGCUGGAGGUUGAGGCGGCCAAGAAGGCUGGCAUGCAGAGCUUCGUCGUCGAACGGCCCGGCAAUGCCCCGCUUUCAGAAGGAGCACGGAGAGAGCACAGGGUAAUCAAGAGCUUUGACGAGCUAUAG